CAAGGAGUGGCAGAUUACGUGUGGCUAGAUCGCCCAUUGCCCACAACUCUGUUGAUCCGACUUUUGCUUCUUCGCAUUGAUUCAUUAAUCAUUACCGUUCACUCCGGCUUCCCCGUGUCUCUUGUACGAAAUAAUAAACUUAUGUACUCGGCCGGACGCGACUGAAAUUCCGGAAUUCCCUGUACUCGUACCCCUUACUUCCCGCCUAGUCUGCUUACAACAUGGCCACUCCAUUUAAGGAGCCCUGGCUCCUAUCUGCCGUGCAAGAAUUCUUACUCGAGGCUACCGAUAGCACGACUGAAAAAUUGCUCAAGCUACCCGAAGGAAAACAUGCGCUGCAAGUAACUGAGGUGAGAUUUCCAAUCGCCACCCAUGCCUCCAGUAUAUUAACACAUUAUCAGAUCCAAUCCAGGCCGAGGAGGGGGAACAUUUAUGUGACCGUCUCGGACACGCGUCACUCCAUUCUAGCCCAAGUUCACGCUGUCGGUAAAGAGCCUACCAAGGGUGUUAUCAUAUCGGCCUCGGAAUUUUCAAUAGUAAGAGAGAAUCGUAGUUUGGUACUAAGUCAAAUGUUGACUUCUCUUUAGAGAUACAACAAAAAGAAGAAACAGCUGCUUCUGACGAUAGAAAAGUUUUACGUGGAAUCUGAUGGAUUACUCACGGUCCCAAGUUCUGCAAGCAUUAUGGAACAGGAUAGCAUAGUCCCGCUGUUGGAUAGGCUGACAAGUGAGCUCCCGUAUUCAACAAGUUCGGGAUCCUCUUCACCUAUAUCUUGUCAAUCGUUUGACAGUCAGAUGAGCCAACCUGGAACACCACAAUUUGCGACGCAACUUCCUGUCUCUCCAACGCGAAAGGGACAUCUCAUAAGUGAAAACACAACCAAGAACCUUUUGGCUGCCCUAACUAAGGAGCAACCCCAAGUGCGCACAGAUACGAAAGUCGUGGAAAGCUCUCAGAUUGAGGAAAUUCCAAGUGCUCAGAUACCCAUAUUUUCGAAUCAGUCAGUAGAGUCUGGAGAGCAGCAGGUUGCAGCUACUGCCACUGUUGAUAAGACGCAUCCCAUCCCGGAUGUUAGCUCCGAAAAAGAGAACAGCCGAGAGGUACCCGGCGAAUCAAAAGCCCCUAUCUCUGACGAUCCAACCAAUAAAUCAAAGCAGACACACUACUCCGUUGAAGAAAAGAAACCCAAGGAUACUAUAGGGUUUUCUGACGUCAGUAAUCCCUUUGAAGGAAUGUCGAAAAUUCCGAGAAAGUGGUUGAGAAUACCCAAAGAUCAACAGGCGAUACUAGAUGGUAAAGACGCCUGGUAUGACCUUUUAGACAAUUCGCGUCCCCCUUAUGCUUUAAUCCCUCUAGAGCUUCGAAAUAAAUUGAUUGCUCGAAUCUCAAAUGAAAAAGGAUCUGCCCAGGAGCGCACAAAAAAUGGCGAACCAGAAGCUUCAAAUCUAUCUGUGACAAACGCUUCAUCGCAGCAUGAAGAAGAAGAAGACUGGAGUCCAAGCCCAGAAACUCACAAAACGGAUACAUUAAAGAGCAUCGCCAAAGUCCCCCAGCCAAACUUCCAACAAGGAAAUACCGACCAAGAUGAACAAGGAGGAGCCCAUCCACCUCAUUCAGGCAGUGACGGAAAUUACGAUGGAGUGUAGGUUUGGUAUCAGAAAAGGAUUUGAACAUGGGCUAAUAUACAAUAGAAACAGUGGUUACGGGUUUGAUGAUAACCUAUCCACUGACCAAAGCACAGCACAAUCACCCAUAGACGACGAAGUUCCAAACCCCCGGUCUUUAACAACAACUCGGUCUACUCGGGUUGAUCUUGACUUCCCUAGUAGUUAUGGGAUAGAAGAAGAGCUACCGUUAUCUUCUCUGCGGGCUGAAGGUGAAGUGGUUGAAGACGAGGUUGAGAGUGAGCCUGAAGACGAAGAUAUUGAAGAGAAAAACGACAAAGCUGCGCAAUCUCCAGAAACUUCCCAAGAAAUGCAUUCAACGGCUCUGAACAGAUCAAGACAGGUGCAAGUUGAAAAGUCACCUCUGGACAAAAAAGCCCAACGCAAGGGAAACGAACUGGCGUCGUCCUCUGGUAGCAGGAUUCCAGCUACUGUGAACAUGGAAUUAACCAAGACAGAUGAUUAUGAAGUUUGCAAAUCUAGUGCUCCAAAAUCAAGUGUCGAUAUUCCUGCUUUCCAAGACGAGACUGGAGGAAUGCUUAGUGAUCAGGAGGAUUUUGAUUCCGAAGAUGAUCAAUACGCAUCAGCCGAAGAGAAUGCAAAUUCACCGCUUGCAAGAAAACUGAUGAGAAGCUCCCCUCCGCUCCCUCAUUCCGCACGAAUCCAAUCUUCCUCAGCGGUUCCGAUCACCUCGCGCGGUAGUGUCUAUAACACACCAUCCCGCCAUACGGUGCAACAGAGCUCGCCCUCCCACCACAUAACAAACUCGAACGGAGUACGGAAGGUUUCGCAAGUGUCUCCUGGAUGCGCGGAAAUUCAGGCGUCCGAUAUUCUGAGCUCACCUUCGCUUCCCUCUGCAUCACGACGUGCCCCCACGCCAAAAGUAAAUAAAGCGUCUACAACAAUGACGCUUUCCAAUCAGAAACUGCGCCUGGUCGCUCAAAUUCAACAAGAGGAAUCGUCCAUCAAAGACACAAAGGAAAUGGCGAGAGCCUUGAGACAUGCAACGCUUGCUACCAUUAUACCACAAACUUUACCUCAAUCCUCCGCCAUGGUUGAUCACAGAUCCAAUGCCAGUCACGUUGAUCAUCCGCUAGAAGAUUCGGAAGAAGACGAAGUGAUUGUUAACGAGACGACGCUAGACCAGAGACUUGCAACCGUUGCUGAUAUCAUACCACAAACUCGACCUCAGGAAUUCGGCAAUUCGGAUCGAGAAGCAGAACAUUUCAAAUUGUCAAACGAUGUUCACGUCCCCAGAAAGCCCGUUUCGUCACAGGCUUCGACCUCUCGUAUAGUAAAAAACGACUCUACGAUCACGCAGGACUACUAUGAACGAUUCAAAGCAGCCUAUCCUCAAUACUGUGCGAGUCGCAGGACCUUUACGUGGGCAGUGGUCUACGUCGAAUGGUUACGAGAAGAAAAGCACUCUCUGCUCAAGUCUCUAAUCGACUCUUUCAUAGUCAUCGUGUCUCUGGACUAUCUGAAACACGUCGAGGAGCGUCAACGAGCAGGCAAGGUACCGUUGAAGGGAUGGCAAUUCUUUGAUGAAAUGGACCCACCAGCACAUGAAUUUUCACAACGCAUCAUAGUACCUGAAAAUCUGGGUAGUGUUUUGCAGUCACUCGAUCAGAAAGUGGUCACAGAAUGCAGGAAGCCGUUUCAGUCCAACCUCACACCUUCACAAACUCUGCCACCAAAAGCUUCUGUUGGUGUUGGCAGUCAAUUCGCUUCAGCUGUAACCCCAGAUCUUGUUGCGGAAUCGGAUACUCGACGGAAGAGAAAAUUUGAGUCGUCAGGUGUGAUCCACGAAAAUGACCACGAAAGAAUGAGUUGGAGUCCCCCAGCGAAGCGACCAUCUCCACCUCGUCAAAGAAAAGGUGACCCAGAGGUCUUCGUCACACCAGCUACUCUCAAAUCACACCCACAAGCACAAGUUCCUCGCACAUCUUCUUUACCACAAUCCUUCAAGAAGUCCUCUCCCUCCCUUCUCGCAAAGGCCAAGUCACCAUAUGCUCCAACCACAACCACAACCAACGGCACGACGAAAACCAGCGAAUGGGUAGAUAAAAUCCCAUCAACAUACAACCAGGGAAAAGCAACGCCUUCAAGUUCCAUCGCCUUGCCAGGCAACGCGCAUACCAAAACACUGAAGCGCAAAUCUAGUGGUCUCAGUGAAGACCACACACCGGGAUCUACCCGGAAGAAAGCCGGCAUUUAUGAUGACAUACCCAAGUUAUUGGAGAUGGUCAAGCGGAUUAAGCGGGAGGGAGGCCUGUCUUCGAGGAGCUCUACUCCGAAUGCGCGGGGUGUUAGUAGUGCUAACUUGAAGGCGACGCAGGAGGGUCCUGGCGAGGAGGAGGAUCCAUGGAGUAUUUGAAUGAGAGGUUAAGCAUGAGAGGGGGG